CUCGGCAGCCCGAAGUACUGAGCAGAAUUUCACCAUGGAGUACCCUUGUGGUCUUCUCACCUGCUCCAAGCAGCCAGUGCCUCUUAAGAGCAUCUCUGUGGCUGUGUCUAUCCGUGAGUUUGUGGCAGAUGUGUCUGCAACCCUGGACUACAAGAAUGAGGAAGCAAAUCCUGUGGAAGCAUUCUUUGUGUUCCCCAUGGAUGAAGACUCUGCUGUUUAUAGCUUCCAGGCUCUGGUGGAUGGGAAGAGUAUAGUGGCAGAAAUACAGGAGAAGCAGCAGGCCCAGGAGAAUUAUGAGAAUGCCAUCUCCCAAGGCCAGCAAGCCUUCCUUCUGGAGCAGGAUAGCAGCUCUGGUGACAUCUUCAGCUGCAGUCUAGGAAAUUUGCCCCCUGGCCAGAAGACUACUGUCACUCUGAGCUAUGUUCAGGAACUGUCACUGGAGGCAGAUAGGGCUGUUCGCUUUGUCCUACCAGCCGUCUUGAAUCCACGCUAUAUCCUGCAAGAGUCAGCUGAGGCAGACAACAUCACCUCUCGAAUCCCUCGGUUUCCUGGCACGGAGCUGCCUUACACAUUUAGUGUUACUGCCAAUGUCUCCUCUCCCCAUGGCAUUAAGAAGGUCAAGUCCAACUGUCGCCUGAGUCCUCUGCAGUACUUAGAAGAUGAUAGGACUGUUGCCCAGGUUUCCUUGGCUGAAGGGCAUCAGUUUGAUCGGGAUGUGGAGAUUCUGGUUUACUACAGAGAGGUGAACAUACCCAGUGUGUCUGUGGAGCUGGCCCAGGCUGAUGCCAAACCAGGUUCCCUGAUGGGAGAUCCAGCUGUGAUGGUGAGUUUCUACCCUGGCAUCCCUAAGUCUCGGGUAGAGAGCAGUGGUGAAUUCAUCUUUCUCAUUGACCGCUCAGGGAGCAUGUCUUCCCGAAUGAAUAGAGCGGAUUGGUAUUCCUCACGCAUUGAUAAUGCCAAGGUAACUCUGAUCCUGCUGCUGAAGAGUUUGCCCCUCGGCUGUUUUUUCAAUAUUUAUGGCUUUGGAUCCUCCUUUGAGUCAUUCUUUCCAGAGAGUGUGGAGUACACGCAGAAGUCCAUGGAGGAGGCUGUGCAGAGAGUAAAGGCUCUAAAGGCAAACCUGGGAGGGACUGAAAUCUUAAAGCCCCUGAAGGACAUUUAUAGCAAGUCCUGCAGGCCAGGCCACCCUCGGCAGCUCUUCAUCUUCACAGAUGGAGAAGUUAGUGAUACUUGGAGGGUCAUUGCUGAAGUUCAACGCCACAGUCAGAAUCACAGGUGUUUCUCUUUUGGAAUUGGAGAAGGGGCUUCCACCAGCCUUAUUAAAGGCAUUGCUCGGGCAGCUGGGGGCACUGCGGAGUUCAUCACAGGCAGGCACAGAAUGCAGUCCAAGGCCCUCCAGUCCCUCAAGUGGGCUCUGCAGCCGGUGGUACAGGACAUCUCCCUGACCUGGACUCUACCUCCUGGGCUGGAGACUACCUUACUCUCCCCACCUCCUACUGUCAUCUUCCGGGGGCUGAGGUUAAUUGUCUAUGCUCAGUUGAAAGGGACAAAUGCAUCCAAAGAAGCAGCAGGUGAGGUGUGUCUUCACUACACACUCCAAGGUGAUACCUUCAAGAACACAGUGACAUUCUCCCUGGAGCCUAAAGCGGAUGACAAACUUACCAUUCAUCGCCUGGCUGCCAAGUCCUUGAUCCAGACCCUUGAUGGAAACUUACAGGAUGCUGCAGAGGAGAAGAAAAGAGUGGUGGAUGUUAGCCUUCAGUCGGGAGUUGUCUCCUCUCACACUGCCUACAUUGCUAUCAACAAGGAGCUCAAUCAGCCCAUUGUGGGGCCCCUAACUCGGAGGGAUAUUCCAUUGGGUUCUAAGCUUUACAUGAUGAUAUUCCCAAUACCACGUUUAAGAGGUGGAGGUGGUUCACCAUCUCCUCCACCCCUUCCGUGUUCAUAUGCCGCAUCUCCCAGAUCCAUCAUCGUAAGAGAGACUGCUAAUAAAGGCAGACUUCAUGUCUGGAAUGAUAGCAAUCUCUGUGACUCAGACUCUUCCACAAUGAUAUCUGCCAAAGACACAUCCCCUCCAGUUUCUCCACUUCUGCAACUGAUUUCCCUCCAGAAGGCAGAUGGUUCCUGGGAACUAGAUGAAGCUCUGGCCUCAGUCCUGGGUCUGAGUGUUCAGAGUACAUUGGCUGCAUUGCCUAACCAGAGUAAAGAUGUCCCAAGGUGGGCCACCAUCUUAGCUAUACUGUGGAUGCAUAGCUCCAGUUGGGACCAGAGAGAAGAAUGGGAACUCCUGGAAAGGAAGGCUGUGGCAUGGAUUCAGGCUCGAUCUGAUUCCUCCCUUGGUGAAUGCAUCAAAGCUGCCAAUGCUCUCCUGAAAUCAUCUGUGGAUCCUGCUGUCUUUGGCCUGUGAGAGUAGAACUGGAAGUGUUUAUGUGUGGCUGCUUCUAAAACCUGUUAAUGUGCUUUUCCUUCCCUGUUAUGCACAUUCCCCAUACAGAUUGGUCCAUCAGAUUCCAUUUGAUUCAGUUCAAGUAGUUUUUUAAAGGCCCUGCUAUGUGUUGGAUAUGUGCUAGGAACUAAUGCAAUGAAGACAAAAGCGAGAGCCUUCUCACAAGCAGUUUGCCUUCUGCUGGGAAAGUAGCAAGUACACAAGUCAGCAAAUUUGAAAAUAUGUAUCAAAUAAAUAAAAAUAAUUCUAUAGGGCUAGGGGAGAAAGUAGGAUGAAUCAAGAAAGAACUCUUUCUGUUCCACAAACACUUUUAUACUAGAUCACUCUUUGUGGUUACCAGAAUCUCUGUCAUGGCAUAAAAUCCAUGAAGUUCAGGGCUGGGGAAGGCAGGUAUUACUCCAGCUUUUCCCCUUCCCCCCUUUAGACUAUCUCAAGGCAUAUUAAAGAAGGAAUGGUUUUCCCCUGUUUUAUAAAUGAGUAAACAGAAAGAGGGAGAUGCCUAGUUUGGAGUUUCUUUUUGUCUUCGUGCAGGUAGGGAUUUCACUCUCGAAAAGAGAGUUAAAAUUUAGGUGGAGGUAGGACAUGCAUCUAGCAUGACAUAUGUUAUUGUAUAGCAGAAGGAGAAUUAUUUGCAUUAGAUGACUUGAAAACAGUUCUCGAACACUAUCUUGCACACUCCCAGGACAAAGCUCGUGAGCAGGUAAGGACCCCAAACAAAGGGAGCUAGAGGAGGAAGGCAAGCAUUAGGUUUAACCUAUGUGUCUGGGGGAUGGGCUUGGGAAGAGAUACCUAAACUGCACUGGACCAUUCUGAUUGUCUCUAUGUGGCCUUUAUAUCCUCUACUUCUACGAGCACUGAUGAGCUCCCCAUGCCACCUAUGGCUGCCCUUGGAGACAUAGAGACUAAUCUGUGCUCAUGGAGGUAGAAUGCUAUGACUAUAGGUUGUAGGCCCUUGGCUUUUAUGCCCUAUUCUCUGCUUAGCAAGAAUAAUAGUGGGAAGAUGUAGAUUAGAAAUAUACAUCUCCCUCUCUCUGAGAUGAAGGCAAAGGCCUUCUCUGCAUGUUACGAUCCUAUAUCCUCACUUGUUUUGUCAUGGAUAUUAAGCUUUUCAGAAACCUGUUACUUCCUGCAAAUAUUCUACUACCAAGAAUAAAAUGACUUGCCUAUUA